AUGGCUCUCCAAGGCAACGUAGCGAUCUUGACGCGUCUACAGGACGCAACGUCGGCCACGCAGCAACUGAAGAAGGCGAACCCGCAAGUGGAAAAUGUGACGCUUUUCUCCAUUCCCCAGGACUCGGACAUAGUGCAGACGAUGGCCAGUAACUCCGCCGCCAAGGAAAACACAUUUGAUGCCGUCGUGUCAUUUAACGAACAGACGGAGCAGCUGGAAACGGAACUGGGUGCAGUGCUACCGCUUCUUAAAGCUGGUGGUACACUGUAUCUGCACGUGACCGACGUGAAAGAGGAGAAGAAGAACGCCAUCCUCAUGGCGCUGAUGAUUGGUGGCUUGGUGGACACGUCGGAUAAAGACGAGAAGAGUCCAUUUUAUCCGGAAUUAUCUGAUUCUGUCUGCUUUUCGUCGAAGAAACAGAUGUUUGAAAGUGCUGCUAUCCCGCUUGGAAAGAAGACUGGGACUGCUCAGCCAAUGAAAAAGUGGACGAUCCUGGCAGACGACUUUGGUGGUGACGAGGAACAGGACGAUGAUAUUAUUGAUGAGGACACUCUAUUGGAUGACACAAAUGAGGUCCUGCAGAUGGCUAAAGCGGACUGUGGUGAAGUUGGUGGGAAGAAACGUGCAUGCAAGAAUUGUACUUGCGGACUUAAGGAUGAAGAAGACAAGCCAGUCAUGUCGGAGAAGGACUUGAACAAGCUGGUGUCUGGAUGCGGAAAUUGCUUCAAGGGAGAUGCCUUCCGAUGCGGUAGCUGCCCGUUUUUGGGCAAGCCUGCCUUCAAACCUGGAAUGGAGAAGGUUCUGCUGAAUCUCGACAACGCAGACGAUAUUUAA